UCCCCAACGUGCCGGCCUCUCCUCUCCUCUCUCUCUCUCUCUCUCUCUCUCUCUCUCUCCUCACAACAAUAAAGCUCCAGAAUCUUCCUCUGCCAUUCCCUUUCAGUUUCCUCUGACCAUUGACAAAUCAAUGGCCGCUUCUUCGUCGUCCUCGUCGUCGUCUGCACGAUCAUCGUCGUCGUCGACGGCAGCAGCAGGGAAUACUAAUGGCAGUAACAGUACGGGUGGAAGGUCCGAGAGGCAAACGACGUCGUCGGCGCAAGUCCCUCCUACUCACUCCACUAGACAAACGACGGCGUCUUCGCAAGCCAACAGCCACCGCUCCCGGCUCUCUUCUUCCGGUUCACGGCGCUCCGUCAUUCCCAGUUCGAGAACUCCUCACUCUAACCCCGAAUACCAACAAGAGGCCGGAAGAGUGAGGGUUGCUGUCAGGCUUCGACCGAGAAAUCUGGAGGAUCGCAUUUCGGAUUCUGAUUUCGCAGACAUUGUCGAGUUGCAGCCCGAGCUGAAGCGGCUAAAGUUGAGAAAGAACAAUUGGAGCUCAGAGUCUUACAGAUUUGAUGAAGUUUUCACUGAAACCGCCUCGCAAAAUCGGGUUUAUCAAGUGGUGGCAAAACCUGUAGUUGAGAGUGUGUUGAGUGGAUAUAAUGGAACAGUUAUGGCCUAUGGCCAAACUGGUACUGGGAAAACUUACACAGUUGGCAGUCUGGGUAAUGAUGAUGCAUCCGAGCGUGGCAUUAUGGUUAGAGCUUUGGAGGACAUACUUUCGACUACAUCUACUGCUUCUGAUAGUGUGGAAGUUUCCUACUUGCAGUUGUACAUGGAAUCUAUUCAAGAUUUGCUUGCACCAGAAAAGAUUAAUAUUCCUAUUUACGAGGACUCGAAGACUGGUGAGGUGUCACUUCCUGGUGCUUCAGUAGUAAGAAUUAAAGACCUUGAUCACUUUUUACAACUGCUGCAAAUUGGUGAGGCAAACCGUCAUGCAGCUAACACAAAGCUGAAUACAGAAUCUUCACGCAGUCACGCGAUUCUUAUGGUUUUUGUUCGUAGAUCGGUGCAAGAAAAUGCUACAGAUGAGAUCACUUCUCAAGAAAAAGCCUUUAGAGCUGAUUUAUCAGUUAGAAGUGGGGUACCUGUAGUUCGAAAAAGCAAGUUGCUGAUUGUUGAUCUUGCAGGAUCUGAAAGAAUAGAUAAAUCUGGCAGUGAGGGCCACUUGCUUGAGGAGGCAAAAUUUAUAAAUCUUUCACUUACUUCUCUUGGAAAAUGUAUAAAUGCAUUGGCGGAAAACAGUCCACAUAUCCCUGUCAGAGAUUCUAAGCUUACAAGGUUGCUUCGUGAUUCAUUUGGAGGCUCUGCGAGGACCUCACUCAUAGUAAUGAUUGGGCUGUCAGCACAGAACUAUGCAGAGACGACCAGUACAAUAAUGUUUGGACAACGGGCAAUGAGAAUAGUAAAUAUGGUAAAACUUAAGGAAGAAUUUGAUUAUGAAAGUCAAUGUCGGAAGCUUGAGAAUCAAGUAGACCAUCUUACUGCACAAUUUGAAAGGCAACAGAAGUUGUUGGACAGUAACAAAUUGGAAUUGGAAAGACAGCUGAAGGAGUGUCAAGAUUCUUUUGCUGAGGCCAAGAACAAUCUAAGCACAAGGUCUGAGUUAUUGGAGAAGGAAAAUGCUCGUUUGGAGUCGGAUCUGAAAGAUCUUUUAGAUGAGCUGAACUGUCAUAAAGACCACAGUGAUUUGAUGCAUGAUAAGGUUGCAAGGCUUGAAGCAAGUUUAGAACAUGGAGAGUUUCUGGAGAAGGAAAAUAGUCGUUUGGAGUUGGAUCUGAAAGAUGUUUCAGAUAAACUGAACCGUGAGAAAGAACACAGUGACCUGAUGCAUGAUAAAGUUGCAGAACUUGAAGCAAGUUUAGAACACGGCAAGCAACACCAGCUUGAAAGUUCUAUGUAUCAGAAAGUCUUAGCUGAUAGCACUCAGACGUAUGAAGAGAAAAUAGCAAAGUUGAUUAAGCAGCUAGAUGAUGAGCGUGCUCGUGCUGAAAGCACAGAGGAACAGUUAGAUUUAACAACGAAGCUUCUGACUGAUGGCCAACAGACUAUUCAGCAACAUCAGAUAGAGAAUUCUGCAUUUCAAUCAGCACUUGCAGACACUACUCAGUUGUAUGAGAAAAAAAUAGCUGAGUUAAGGGAGCAAUUGGAAAAUGAGCAUGCCCGUUUUGAAGAUAUUGAAGAACAAUUGGAAGUGGAGAAGAAGCAACAUAGUCGGCAAAACUCAAUGCAGGGGAAGAAAGAGAUUGAUGAACUUAGAGUGCAGUUAGAAGAAAUGAAUCAGCUACAUGAACAAACUCUAAACAAAUAUUGGUCCUUGAAAUCAGAAUGUGCUGAUCUCUCAGAAGAGAAGGCAAUACUCAAGGAAGAACUUCAAGAUGUGAAGCAAAGACUUCUAAUUGAAGAGAAGCAGAGGAAGUCUGUAGAGAAUGAGCUAAUCAAAUUAAAGAAGGCUGCACCGGAGAAAGAAGAUGAGUUUGAGGACAAGAAGUUGUAUAUGAAGGAAAAAACACAUAAAGGAUCUUCUGCAUUGGGGAAUCCAAUGGGGUUACACAAUUCGAAUCCAUUGAGAGAUACAAUUUCUGGUCAAAGGGCCACAAUUGCAAAAAUAUGUGAAGAAGUUGGGCUUCAAAAGAUCGUACAACUGUUGACAUCUGAAGAUUCAGAUGUCCAAACCCAUGCUGUGAAGGUGGUGGCCAAUCUUGCAGCUGAAGAUACUAAUCAGGCAAAGAUUGUUGAGGAAGGUGGUUUAGAUGCUUUGCUUAUUCUGUUGCAAUCCUCAGAAAAUACAACUAUCCUUAGAGUUGCUUCUGGGGCCAUUGCCAAUUUGGCAAUGAAUGAGGUAAAUCAAGGCGUAAUUAUGAGCAGAGGCGGCGCUCAACUACUCGCAGAGACAGCAAGCAAGACAAAUGAUCCACAAACUCUUAGAAUGGUUGCUGGUGCACUUGCUAAUUUAUGUGGAAAUGAAAGAUUACAUACAAUGCUGAAGGAAGAUGGAGGAAUUAAGGCACUCUUGGGAAUGGCGAGGUCGGGGAGUAGUGACGUGAUUGCACAGGUUGCCAGAGGACUGGCUAACUUUGCAAAAUGUGAAUCGCGCGGAACUAUUCAAGGACAUAGAAAAGGUCGUUCACUUUUGAUGGACGAUGGUGUCCUUACCUGGUUGAUUAUCAACUCCAACACUGCCUCAACCUCAACCCGACGCCAUAUAGAGCUUGCUCUCUGCCAUUUAGCACAAAACGAGGACAAUGCAAGGGAUUUCAUAUCCGGUGGAGGGCUGCAAGAGAUCGUUCGAAUAUCGACUGAAUCCAUUCGGGACGAUAUCCGAAACUUAGCAAAGAAGGCGUUGAGAGUGAAUCCGAAACUUUACAAUCAGAGGCGCGGUGAAUAGCGAAAUGUACAGAAUCUCAUUGUUUUUGUAGCCUAAUUGUUCGAGUUGUAAGUAGCCAUCUGUGCUUUUAUCAACUGAAUCUGGAAUUCUGGACAGUUUUGCACUAUAUAAUCAUAUUUUGAGAAA